UUUCAGAAAUGACACUGUGAUCGCGGGUGCAACCAAGUGUGUGUUUGCAUGUUUCCUUGACACGCUUUAGCUCUGCCAGCUGUCUCAGCAAGAGGAAACCAUUGCUGUCUCCCACACACACACACACACACGCACACUCAUCAUGGCAGGAGAGUGUGUUCCUGAGGGUCGAGAUGUGAAGGAAAUGGAUGAGGAAGAGCUGUGGGAACUGAUCAAUGAUAACCGGCACCGGAUCUGUCUGGGGGUCCAGCCGUGCAUGUUGAUCCCCUACCUGAGGCAGGCCAGGGUGCUCAGCGAGGUGGAUGAGGAUGAGAUCCUCACAUGCCCCAGCCUCGCCAACCGCUCCAUGAGAACCAGCCACAUGCUGGACCUGCUGAGGACCCAGGGGAGAAACGGUGCUGUGGCCCUUCUGGAGAGCCUGAUGAUCCACUACCCCAACCUGUACACCCAGGUCACAGGACGCAAGCCGAGCGCCGAGCCCUCCAGAUUCAGCGGCCUGAUAAAGUACUCCGAGCUGACAGAGUAUCUGGUCAGAGCAGUGACAGGGAUGCAGAAGGAGCUCCACGAGGCCCGACAAGAGGCCCAGAGAUUCAAGUUACGCUGCGUCACUCUGGAGUCGGAGAUCAGCCAGGUCAUGGAGCAGGAGGAGAAGUCCAGAUGUCUCCAGACAGACUGCGAGCGCAUGAGAAGACACCUGGCUGCUGCGCAUCGAGAAGUCAACAAGCUGAAAGACGAAAAGUGCGACUUUUUUGUGCGUUACACGGCAGCCAUCGAGGAGAAAUCAGCGGUGAACAUCCGCUGCCGUGACCUCAACCUGCAGGUGUACCAGCUACAGACAGAGCUGCGGAAGGCCCAAACUGAGACUGACUUCCAGAAGCGACGUUCGCUCAGGUGCGCCUCUCCAGCCGAAACACAGCAGCUCCGAGAGGAAGUCAGAAGUCUGCGCUGCCAACUGCUGCAGGCCGAAAAGUUCAAACCGGCCAAUGAGGACAUCCUGGUCCAGGACCUGAUGGAGGCGAAGGAGGGCCAGAGGGAGCUCGGGGAGCAGCUCAGGCGUUACAGAGAGGAGAAUGAACGGCUGCUCAGGGAGAAAGAAGAGCUGCUGGAUCAGAAGGAGUGUCUAAGUCUGCAGGUGGAGAAGCUGACUCUGGACUGUGACAUGUACCAGCAGAAGAGCACCGUGAUCCAGAGCCAGAUGAGAGAUCUGCAGGCAGAGAGAGACCAGGCGUACCUCUCCAGGGACGAAGCCCAGGCCCAGAUAGCUCGGAGCUUGGCUGAGAAGGACAUCCUGAGGUGCCAGCUUGUGGAGCUGCAGGAGAAGGUCUUCACCCUGCGAACCAGAGGAGGUCACCGAGAGCGCAUAGACACGUCUGAGCUAAGCUGGGAGAGCCAGGGCUCCAGCAGUGAAGAAUGCAGCACCCCACCUCGACCCAGACUGCGCCGCAUGCAGGCAAUCAAUCCUGCAUCUCUAAGUUCCUGUAAUUCAGAGUGUGAAGAUGCUGUACCAAGCAGUAUACGAUCACGAGUUGCAGAGCCGCCUUGUCCAGAGUCUCUCCGCAGGCGGGAGGAGGCGCUCUAUGCAGACAGCAGCGUGGACAUGGGUGAAACUGACUCCACGCUGGACGACUUUGUGUUCCUCCCCUGUGAGGGGAAAGUCAAGCAGUCACCCAGGCAAGCUUCUUCCUGUGGCAAAAGCUCUGAUUGUCUGUCGAGAACAUCGGCCCCUCCCUUCCUGAUGCGCUCUCGCCCCAAGGCCAUCCGCAUCACCGGCCGCGUCGUCACCAUCUCCUUCCAGGGGGAGGCGCUGCUCAGCCAGCUGACAGUGGUCGGGGGCAACAGGACGGGUGUGUUCGUGCACCAGGUGACAGAGGGGACGGCUGCCCACUCUGUUGGCAUAAGCCCGGGGGCACAGAUAGUGGAGGUGAAGUACGAGCACAACCACCAGGCUCUGAGGAUGGUGCUGGCAGACUCCACGUUAGAGGAGGCUCUGUGGGCUCUCAACCAGGUCAGCGGCUUCUGCCACCUCUCCCUGCGACCCAGACAAGAUGCCUAUGAGAGCCUCCUGCAGCAGCUGCAGAGCAGUGAGUUGUCAUCUGGAGACUCUUUCUAUGUGCGUGUCAACAUGUCGCUCCCUGGUGGCCCCGGGGGAGCCCUGGCAGUGUCCUGCAACGACAUCCUGCAUGUGACCAACACAUGGCCUGCUGGCACUGAGGGCUCUUGGUGCGCCAGCCACGUCCACACCAGUCAGCAACUGGACCUCCAGAGUGGCACAGUGCCCAACUACUACAGGGCACAGCGUCUGCUGAUCAGAGCGAUUGAAGACAUGAGCUUCCAAACCAAAACCUGCCGAAAAGUGGAGCGUGUGGUGGCCAAGGAGAAGCAGAAGGCAGUGAGAAUUGUUAGCACCGGCCGGCAGGGCAGGAACCCGCUGUGGGUCAGCGUGGAGGACAGAGAGGCCAAGAGCACAGAACCAGUUGAUACAUCUGCACCCAGGAGCUGUGUUACCCUCAUGCCCUACACCCUGGUCACCCCCCACUACCCACCCAUUUGUAGGCCCAUCCUGCUGCUGCCAACCGUUCUGGGACGCAUCCUGGACAAGAAGCUGGCAGCGUGGCAGGGCUUCCAGCUCUGUCAACCUGAGGAACUGAGCCCCAGUGAGCAUGCAGCCCGGCUGCAGAGGUCUGAGGUCCUGGAGGAGUGUGAGCAGGGAGGAAACCGCUGUUACACUCUGCAGAGCGUAGAGAAAGUUAUGCAGAAGGGGAUUCACUGUGUGCUUCCUUUGGGGCUGGACUGCGUGCGUCGGCUGCACAGGGCUGAGAUCUUCCCCAUCAUCAUCUUCAUCGCCCAGUCUGCACGGAGCGCCCGUAAACUCAGGUCAAAGCUGCACCGCCACGGUCAGUCUGAGGAGCAGCUGCUGGCGUGUUCCCAGAGCGAGGAGCCCUUACUGGACAAGCUGCCAUGUCUGUAUCGCAGUGUGGCCUCAGACUCCUGGUGCGACAGCAACGCCCUCGUCAACAGCCUCCACACAAUUAUCUGGGAGGAGCAGAAGAAGAUCGUCUGGGUGGAGCCUGACCUUUGGUGAAAAGGAGGAUAGAAUACUAUAGAAUAAGAAAUAUGAGAAACCACAGAUGAUAGACUCACAGAAUAUAAAUUAUUUCACAAAGAGCAUUUUAGGAUUUGUUGAAUAUGAAUAGAUGAGAUUAGAAUACAUAAGCAUUACAAAGCACUUUUUUCUAAACUUGAGUAUGUGUCUAUGAUACGUACUGUUU